AUGUCUCAUUCGAAUGUUACUCAAGGAAUGUCGAAUGUCGAUACAAAUGCCGAGGGCAAACCGUAUCAUGAAAAUGUGGAUAAGAAGGCCCAAAAGGAAGAUCAUCCACGUACACAAUCCGAGAAACACGAUGCUCAUUCAUCGGAUGACAAAGAUUUUGCUCCACAUCAUGGUCAUGAUAAUCAGUAUAAAAAGGAUAUCAAAGGUAGUGCAGGUAGUGGCACGAGUGAACGUGGUGAUCAUAAGAAAGAUCAUGAUUGA